UUCCUCCUCCUCCUCGGCGAAACUAAUGAUGGCGUCUAACAUGGGUCCUCCUCCGUCUCCUCCAAGAAAUGAAACUCAGAUGAAUUCGGAAACUUCUCUAUUAUCGGAACCUGAAAAUGAAACCCCUGAACAAUGUUUGACUUCCGAACUAAUGAAGGUCUCCAUGAGGCCACCACCGCCCAAAAACCCUAAGCAAUCUCAGGACAAUUCAUCUCUACCCUUAUCAACCGACACUUUGGAAGCUCAACAAAAUCACCUGCCAAACGAAACCGAAGUUACUAAGGAUCCCAUCAGACCCGCCGCUGAUCAAUCGUCUGCCCCAAUUAAACAUCAGCAACGCCAAAACAUUACAGUACCUUACGAGAUUCCACCAUGGAGUGAGCCUCCUUGUCACCGGUAUUUCCUUGAAGUUCUGAAAGAAGGCUCUAUUAUUGAUCAGCUUCACGUAUAUGACAAAGGGGCCUACAUGUUUGGGCGGGUGGAUCUUUGUGAUUUUAUGCUUGAGCAUCCAACAAUUUCUCGCUUUCAUGCAGUUCUCCAAUUUAAGCAGAGUGGAGAUGCUUCCAUUUAUGAUCUCGGAAGCACACAUGGGACAUUUGUAAACAAGAAACAGGUGAAGAAAAACGUCUAUGAGGACUUGCAUGUUGGAGAUGUGAUUCGGUUUGGCCAAUCAACUAGACUGUAUAUUUUCCAAGGUCCAAGUGAGCUGAUGCGUCCGGAAGGUGAUCUUAAGAGUAUUAGAAAAGCUAGGAUGCGAGAUGAGGUGCGAGAUAUGGAAGCUUCAGUUUUACGAGCAAAGAAAGAAGCCUCUCUGGCUGAUGGAAUUUCUUGGGGUAUGGGUGAGGAUGCUAUAGAAGAAGCUGAGGAGGAGAUUGAGGAAAUAACUUGGCAAACAUUUAAGGGGCAGCUUACAGAAAAGCAAGUGAAAACUAGAGAUAAACUAUUAAAAAGACUUGAGAAGGUUGCAAAUAUGAAGAAGGAAAUAAAUGCUAUUCGAGCCAAAGACAUUUCUCAAGGUGGUUUGACACAGGGUCAACAGACUCAGAUUGCAAGGAACGAGCAGAGGAUGUUACAGAUCACAGAAGAACUUGAAAACUUAGAGGAGACCUUAAAUGAAAGCAUCCGAGAGAGUUUAGGUGCACGGUCAGGAAAAAAGAAGACUCAUGGGAAUAAGACUGGAGCAGAGGAAGAUGAUGAAGACACUUACAUGAGUGACGAAGAUGAUUUCUAUGACCGGACAAAGAAGAGAUCCGCCAAGAAGAAGGGUGAAGAAGGCCAGUCAAUCGAAACAGCUGAUUCUCUCCUCGAUAAGAAAGACAUCCUUCUCAAGGAUAUGGAAGAGAAGAACAAGUUGAUUUUAGAGGAACAGAAUAGAACCCCUUCAGGAAAUGAUGUUACUGAUGCUGGAGAUGAGCUUGAUGCAUAUAUGUCGGGUUUAUCAUCUCAACUAGUGCUGGAUAAAACCGAUAAGCUUCAGAAAGAACUGUCAGCACUUCAAUCGGAAUUGGACAGGAUACAAUACUUGCUGAACAUUGCUGACCCAGCAGGAGAAGCUUCUAAGAGAAGGGAGUCCGCAUCACAAGAAUCCAAAACCACUAUUUCUGCAAUCUUGAAGCACACUCCAUUAAAAAAACCAGAGAAGAAGAAAAAACCCGAAUCUGAAACCCCGACUCAAGAACAAACUAUUGUCGCAGAACCAGAAUCAAGCAAAAAACCCGAAGAGGAUAAGGCGGCUUCUGAUGUCCAACAAAGUACAAAAAUUCCAUACACGGUAACUAAGCCUCAGUGGCUUGGUGCUGUUGGUGAUAUGAAUGAAAAAGAACAACCUCAACGAGAACAAGUCCCAGUUGAAUCGCAGGAAUCUGACCAGUUUGUUGACUAUAAGGACAGAAAACUAGUCCUGGAAAAUCCAAUUGUAGAAAGAACAAAUGAUAGUAAGCCCGAGGUUGAAGGUAUUGAAGAUGCUGCCCCAGGAUUAAUAAUAAGGAAGAAGCGGAAGAAGGAAAUAGAGCAGUCAACAACAACAAUAUCAUCGUCGUCUCCUAAGAAAGAUGAAAUUAGUGCAGAAAAUGCUGUUGCAUUGCUUUUGAAACAUAAGAGAGGGUAUCAGUCAAUGGACGAUGAGGGUGGUAUCGAUACAUCUGGUGAAAUCUCAUCGGAGAAAGAUGACAAUAAUAAUAAGAAGUCUAAACGGGUACUUGGUCCUGAGAAACCUCAAUUUCUCGAGCCCAAAGUGGAUUACGAGACAUGGGUACCUCCUGAAGGUCAAUCAGGUGAUGGACGGACUUCAUUAAACGAUCGCUAUGGUUACUAGUCUGUAAUUUUCUCGGUUGUCAAUGUGGGUAUUAACGAUUUUCGCAUGCAAAAUCAUAGCAAAGUGGUUUUGUGGCUAUUGGGAUUAGUUGUUGUCUGUCCGAUACCAAACUUGUUGCAAUUGGGAAUCCUGGCAUGUUUGUACUCAGAAUAUAUAUUAUUGGGAAUUCAGUUCAAUACACCCCCACUUUUCUCCAGAAAUCUAUUUAAUUGGGUAAUGCAUUUUUUAUUUAAAAUUUACAGAACUGAUUGUAUCAUUAUUAGCGGUUGCUUUAACAUUUUUUUUUCACAUAA